GUUUACUUUUGAACACGUGAUUUUUUAAGAUGAUUAUUCAUUGUAAAAUAGCCAAACUCCAAUGAAAUACAAUUUUCCAAUCAUGUGACAAAUCUUUCCCGCUGUCCCGUGCAAAUUGUGCAUAGCGCGAUUGAUACUCAAUAGAUAUGGACGCAUGUAAUUCUGAGGAAGCAAUGCCAAUGGAGUUCGAGACGCUUAAUCUGGCCGAUGUCGACUUUCUGCUAGAAACGACGGAGAAAGAUGACAUUAUCCUCUCUCAAAUGUGCGACGAAAUUGAAACAUCGGAGCAAGAUGACCUUCUGCUGUCUCAAGUGUGUGAUGAAAUUGAAAUGAAUCAUCAACUGGCCGAAAUUCAGUUACACGAGACAACGGAUUCUCUCGAUAUACCAAGCUUCGAUUUCAACUUUGAGCCCAAUGACCCGAAAGACACGAGGUUUGGUAAAAUUGUUGAUGAAAGCGAAAUUCAAGCGUUAAUUGAAAGCCAGGAAAAUAUUAACACGAAGAAGAAUACGCGAUGGGCCUUCAACAUAUUUGAAAGUUGGCGACUUGAACGUAAUAGCCAGGGUCAAGGUCAAGAGUUAGUAAUACCCGAGUUGGUCUCGAUGGACGCUGUUCAGCUCAACUUUUUCUUGGGACGUUUUAUAAUGAGUGCGCGCAAAAGAGAUGGCCAGGAAUAUCCUGCAAAAACUCUAUAUUACAUAUCCUGUGGCAUUUUAAGAUACCUUCGCGACAAUUGGCGUAUUCGACUGGUUGAUUUCGUGAAGAAACAAAAAGUUGAUGACAUCUUUUUACAUUCGACUGGACUUUUCUGA